AUGGCCAACCGUUCCAGUUCCGUUAUGGCUAUUCCGCCAUGCGAGUAUAGUCCGAAGUCUCGGUUUUGGAAGGGAGUUGGCGCGCAGCAGCGAUAUCCCGCAACCUGGGAUGCGGAUGGCGUCUUUGAGGAGUACCUGGGUAGCCCAUCUUUGACACCCUCACGCCAUCAGUCGGCCUUGAAGUCGUCGAAGGGCCUCAUGGAGUUGCACUAUGACUCCAUGCGGAAGAAGGCCCAGGAGCGUGCCAAGUGCGAGACCCAGCUGGACACGCCCAGCAUGGGCCGUGCCUACACAGCCUGCACAGGCUAUAGUGGCAAUAUUCCGGGCAAGGUCUCCGGAAAUGUCGUGGGCUGCAGCUUCAAGCAGGGCAGCCAGUUGGCCAUGGAGACGUUUGGCAGCAAGCUCCCUCGCCCUAUGUCUGGAGUUACUUUCAGUCUAUCCAGCCGUGGAUCUUCAAGGCUCCGCUCAAACAGCGUCUCCGGUUGCACUGAUGUGAGGUCUCCGCUCUCGCAAGCCGGCUGGGGAACAUUGUCUGGCACCUCCUUUUGA